AUGAACUACCUACGCCGUCGACUCUCGGACAGCAAUUUCAUGUCCAACCUGCCCAAUGGCUACAUGACCGAUCUCCAACGCCCCGACCCUCCGCAGCAAAGCCCCGCAGUGUCGCCCGGGCCGCCGGAGAGGCGCCAAUCCACCAGCCAGCAGCAGUCUGGUGGAGGUGGAGGCUCUGGGUUCUUCUCGUCCAUCUCCAACGCUGUCAAACAGACCACAGCUGCUGCGGCUGCGACCUUAUCCGAGGCAGCGGACCGCGCAGGAGUCUCCAGCAGUGCCAAGAUCCUCCUGGUUAUCGAUGACCAGCAAACCGACUGGGUGAAGGUCUUCAGAGGAAGAAAGAUCCAUGGUGAAUUUGACAUUAAAGUAGAACAGGCAGAAUUCUCUGAAAUCAAUCUUGUGGCAAAUGCCACAGGCACCUACAAUGUGGACAUGGACGCAAUCAGGAAUGGACAUAAGGUUACAAAAUCUUUCAAGCCAGACUUUGUGCUGAUCAGACAACAUGCUUUCAGCAUGGACAAGAAUGGAGACCACCGGAACAUAGUGAUUGGACUGCAGUACGCUGGACUGCCAAGUGUUAACUCUUUGCACUCUGUCUAUAAUUUUUGUGACAAACCAUGGGUGUUUGCUCAGAUGUCUAGACUCUACAAGCAACUGGGCCCAGAGGAGUUCCCACUGAUUGAGCAGGUUUACUAUCCAAACCACAAGGAAAUGAUUACCUCCCCUCGGUUCCCUGUUGUGGUAAAGAUGGGCCACGCUCACUCAGGAAUGGGAAAGGUGAAAGUGGACAAUCAAUAUGAUUUUCAAGAUAUUGCCAGCGUCGUGGCAUUGACCAAGACUUACGCCACAUCUGAGCCUUUUAUUGAUGCAAAAUAUGAUGUCCGCAUCCAGAAGAUCGGUAACAAUUACAAGGCUUACAUGAGAACAUCAAUUUCUGGCAACUGGAAAACCAACACCGGCUCAUCUAUGCUUGAGCAGGUGGCCAUGUCAGACAAGUACAGAAUGUGGGUGGACUCUUGUGCUGACAUCUUUGGAGGGUUGGAUAUCUGUGCUGUGGAGGCUCUACAUGGUAAAGAUGGCAAGGACUACAUUAUAGAGGUUGAUGACUGUUCGAUGCCACUGAUUGGGGACCAGCAGGAUGAUGAUCGUGUUCAGAUUGCAGAACUGGUGGUCUCUAAGAUGAACCAGACUGUUCUACGCACUUCAAGCUCUUCCACAGUCCGUGCCACAGCAGGACAGCCAGCACAGAAAGCGGUAUCUCCUCAGCCUGUCUCUCAGCCAAGAGUACCACAGGCUCAACAGCGCCCCUCACCUCAAGGUGGUCCUCAGCAAAGUCCCCCAUCUCAGCAGCGCCCACAGCCUCAAGGCCAACCCCCUGUACAGGCCCAGCAAUCUGCUGCCAGCCCUCCUACAGGUGACCCCAGUGCCCAGGCUAAGGCUAGCCAAGGACCUGCAGCCCAGCCACGGCCAUCGGGUCAGGGAGCUUCUCCAGGCCAGAGGCCUGCUUCUGGCCAGGGCUCUCCUCAGCGAAGCCAGGGAGGUUCACCACAAGCUCAGAGGCAACAGUCUGUUUCCCAGAAACCUUCAGGCCAACCCCAGCAGCAGAGACCUGCCCAGCCCCCUAGGCAGCAGUCACAGGGGGGGGCACAGCAACAGAGGGCACCCGGCCAGCAAGGUCGUCCCGGAGCGCCCACCACCCAGCAGCCCCGACCUGCCGCUCAAGGCCAGGGGGCCCCAGGAGGACGGCCCCCACUGCAGCAAAAGCCUCAGCCCCCACAGAAGCCAAGUCAGGACAACCCAGCUAUGGGUGGCUCUCCUCAACUAAACAAAUCCCAGUCUCUUACCAAUACCUUCAACAUUCCAGAAACCCCAGCGCCACGAGCCAGCCUUAGCCAGGAUGAGGUGAAGGCAGAAACCAUACGCAAUCUACGCAAAUCUUUUGCCAGUCUCUUCUCAGACUGA